AUGGCCAGUUCUUUAACUAAUUCGUCAAUAAACAACACAGAAAUAUUUGAAAAUCAUGCAUUUAGUGAUGGAACGAUAUUUAUUUUAUCUUCCUUAUUGUCUAUAUUUUCCUCAAAAGUUUAUAAAAAUAAAGCUGAUGAAAAAAAUCCAGGAUUAUAUAUUGAGGAUUCAAUUGCUAUAAUAACUGAUACUCAUUUUUAUCAGCAAAGUGGAAAUGAAGGAUGCUUUAUUUAUCUGGGUUCAAGCUACCUAAAAAUUACUGGCUCAGCCUUUUAUGAAGGUUUUUCUAACAAUUCUGGAAUAGCGAUUCAUGCAACUUCUAGUAGUGUGGAAAUUUCUUCCUCAGCAUUUUCUAAUUUAUUUUCUAAUAAUGAAGGCGGAACAAUUUAUUUAUAUGAAGAUAGCACUCUUUCUAUCUAUGACUCAGAGUUUUUAAAUUCUGGAUCAUCAAUUGAUUCAUAUUCAAGCUCAAUUUUAAUAGAAAGUACUCUAUUUAAGAAUCAUUCAAAUACUGCUAUAUAUGCAAACCAAAUUGAAGGUCUGCAAAUAUUAAGCUCAGAAUUUUCAGACAAUUAUGGAAGCAAUGGUGGAGCUGUAUACUGCACCCAAUGUCAUAUUAUUUUAGUGACUUCGUCAACUUUUGCUAGCAACAAUGGAAAAAAUGGAGGAGCAAUUUACGUUUCAAACUUAUCAGAUCAUCCUGAAACCUCCCAAAUUAUUAUUGCUUCUUCAAAUUUUAAUUCAAAUGUAGCUGACAAUGGCGGAGCAGUCUGAACGAACAAUAUUAAUUUAAUAGUUUCCUCAUCAAUUUUUAUAGAAAACAGAGCUGAGUUAUUUCAAUCAAAGAGCCUUAAAGAAAUAUCAGACGGUCUAGGGGGUGCGAUUAAAAUAAGCUGUCAAGACUCAAAUACUAUUUGCAAUUUUAAUUUUUCAUCCAAUUCAUUUAUAAAUAAUAGUGCUACUUAUAAUGGCGGGGCCAUUAACUGAGACGAUUCAAAACCAACUAUUGAAAAUAAUAUUUUUGAAAAUAACAAAGCAUCAUACGGCCCUGAUAUUGCAUCUUUUCCUAUAAUGAUGAUUUCUCUAAGUAAUAAUUCAAGAAAUUUAGAAAGAAAAGUUGCUUCAGAAGAUAGCAAUCUAACAUUAAAUAAUAUUGCUUCAGGCCAGAAUAAUAAUCCUCCUUUGGCUUUUAUUUUAGUUGACGAUCUUAACCAAAUAGUUACAACAGAUACUACAAGCCAAGCGCAGAUAAAUGCAGGAAAUAUUGAUACAAUUAUAUCUGGCACAACAAUGGUUUAUGCAAAAAAUGGGAUUUAUUAUUUUGAUGACUAUAUAAUUUCAGCUAAGCCAGGCUCUUCUGUAUAUAUUGAUAUAGUUUCUUCAGCAAUAGAUAUCCGAAAAAUGAAUACAUCAAGAGAGAACCUCCCCAUGUCAUCGAGUUUUUCUUUUAAUGUGAAUUUGCGUUUAUGCGAAGUAGGAGAAGCCACUGUUGGCUUAAUUUGUGAAAUUUGUCCAGAAUAUUAUUAUAAUAUUGAUGUUAAAGUGUCUAAGUGUUUAGACUGCCCGUCCUCUGCGAUUUGCUAUGGAAAUUCUACAAUGGUUCCAAAAUCAGGAUAUUGAAGAGACAAUAAGUUCACAGACAAGUUUUGGAAAUGCCCUUAUCCUCCUGCUUGCUUAGGAUCUCCUAAUAUUUCAGAUCUGGCUUUAACUGGUGUAUGCAAAAAAGGAUAUGAAAAUAACAUGUGCCACUCGUGUGAAAAUGGAUACUCAAGGUUAUACACAGAUGAAUGCCAAGCUUGUCCUGAUACAGUGAGCAAUAUUUUUAGAUGAAUCGGAAUUUCUGCUUUUUUGAUUUUUAUCUUAGUAUUUAUUUUAAAAACAACAAGAGACUCAUGAUAUAAGCAAAAGUCUUUUUCUGCAGUUUAUCUAAAAAUCUUUUGGAAUUAUUUGCAAAUCAUGCUCAUAUUAGCAACUUAUAACUUAAAUUGGCCAUACGAAGUAAUUGAAUUGUUUUACAUUCAGACUUCUAUCGAUUAUAUAGGAGGACAGCUCUUUUCUUUUGAUUGCUUUUUACAAUUAUCGAAUUCUAAAAGCAAGAUUUAUUAUCUAAAAAUUUUGAUCACAAGCUUGACUCCUUUCGUAAUGGCAUUUUUAUGUAUGGCUAUAUGAAUUUUAAUUUAUAAAAUCAAAUCAAAACGAAUUAAAGAAAUGAAAGACGAUUAUAUUUCUACUUGCAUUGUAUUACUAUUCUUAAUGCAUCCAAGUAUAAUAAACACAAUGUUCAGCGCUUUUAGUUGCAGAGAAAUAAAUUCCGGAGAGUUUUGGCUUAAUGCAGACCUUGGAAUUCGAUGCUGAGAUGAAAAUCAUCUAUUUUAUAGCUUAAUACUCGCUCUGCCUACAAUAAUUAUAUGAAUUAUUGUAGUACCUUUACUUGCCUUUAUAAAUUUAAUAAAAUAUCAGGAGCACUUACUAUUCUUCGUAAAUAAAACUAUUACAAUAGAAAAAUCUAUAAUUUUUUAAGGUAUUAUACCUUUUUAUUUUUAUCAAUUAAUAAUUAUCACUUUUUAAAAAGCUCUAAAAACUUAAAUUUACACUUUUCAGCAAUGAAUAUAAAUUUAUACAGCUAUAUCCUUAUGAUAUCAAUUGAAAUUGUCAAAAAUUCAAAAAAAUUUAAUAAAUUAGGAAUUAAAAAAAAAACUCAUAUAGAGUGCUAGAAGAAAUAUGAAUGAAAAAGAGAUAUUCAUUUCUAUGCAACGGCUAUAACUCAAAACAUUAUUAUUGAGAAUUCUUAAUUUUAUACUACAAAGUGAUAUUAAUCAGUUGCUCACUCCCUCCAUUCGUGGGUAACAAAAAUAUUUUGUUUGCUCAAGGCUUAAUUUCUUUUAGAAAUUUAAAAUAAUCCUAAUUCACUAAUAUUGAAACCUAAUAUUUAUGUAAUUUCUAAAAUUUAUGUUUUAAAAUGCAAUUUGUUUAAAAUUAAAUAGAAUUAGCUAGAGAUUUCAUUAUGCUAAUUAUCACUUGCAUAUCAAAAUAUUUGUUUCAUAAUAAAUUAUAUUAAAAUGUAUUGUUUGUUCAUGAUGGUGGGUUUUUGGGCAAAAACAAAUUUUUUUUUUCCAAAGGUUUUGUUUGCUCAAGGAGGGGGAGUCAGUAUUUUUGUCAAAUAUCUCUGCAAAUAUUCAAGCGCUUACAGCAGGACUGUUUUUUGUGCUAUUUCUUUAUUUUCAUACCAGAAACGAACCAUUUAAUGAAGCAUUUUUCAAUAAAACAGAAACAUUUUCUAGACUUGCGUCUCUAAUAUCAAUACUUAUUGGCCUUUGCUUUUUAACAAAUGAUUUGAGGGCUACUGCUAGUUAUUUUUUAGUUGCCGUCUUUAUAAUUGCAAAUUUAUUAUUUAUAUUUUACAUCUUGAUAAACUUCUUGCUACAAUUUGCUAUUACAAAUAUAUUUAUGGCCAUAAUAAAAAGAAUUUUCAGUUCCAAGGAGGAAAAAUAUAUUAUCAGCAUUGCUCCUUAUGAUGAAAGUGGCCAAUCUCAAAGCUACGAAGAUGAAAAACAUCAUACAGGAAAACUUGCCAACACUAUAGUAUAUUCUGGCCAGACACAAAUUGAAAAUAUAAAGAUGAUUAGAGAAGAUUUAGGUAGUUCAAAUGAAAUUGACCCUUUUGCUUCAGAGCAAAGCAUAUCCGCUUUUUAA